AUGGUGCUGACGCUGCCUCUCGCGGCAGGAGGGAGCCGGCAGGACCCCGAGCCGGGGAACAGCAGCGGGGCAGCGGGCGCGGCGCCCGGCAGCAGCCUGCCCCCCCUGGAGAGGGGCUGCGCCUGGGGCCCCCGGCCCAACGGCAGCGAGGAGGCCCUGCGGCUGCCCACCUUCUCCCCCGCCGCCCAGGCCCGCGUGGCCGUCACCUUCGCCCUCUUCGCCCUCGCCGCCGGCUGCAACCUGGCGGUGCUGCGGGCGGCCGGGGGCCGGCGGGGGGGCCGGCGCUCCCACAUCCGCGUGCUGCUGCUGCACCUGGCCGCGGCCGACCUGCUGGUGACGGUGGUGGCCAUGCCGCUGGACGCCGUCUGGAACAUCACCCUGCAGUGGCGGGCGGGCGACCUGGCCUGCCGCCUCCUCAUGUACCUCAGGCUGCUGGCCAUGUACGCCUCCGCCUUCGUCACCGUGGUCAUCAGCCUGGACCGGCACGCCGCCAUCCUGCGCCCGCUGGCCAUCGCCCGCGCCCGGAGGAGGAACCGGCUCAUGCUCUACGUCGCCUGGCUGCUCAGCGCCGGGCUCUCCGUGCCGCAGCUGUUCCUCUUCCGCACGGUCACCGUCCGCUCCCCGCGCAACUUCACGCAGUGCACGACGCGCGGCAGCUUCGGCCAGCCCUGGCACGAGACCCUCUACAACAUGCUCAGCUUCGCCGGCCUCUUCCUGCUGCCGCUGCUGGUCAUGGUGUGCUGCUACGCGCGCAUCCUCCUGGAGAUCUCCCGGCGCAUGGGAAACGGCCUCUUCUCCUCCCGGGACACGUCCCUGCGGCGCUCCAGGAACAACAUCCCGCGGGCACGGCUGCGCAUGCUGAAGAUGAGCCUGGUCAUCGUCUCCUCCUUCAUCGUCUGCUGGACCCCCUACUACCUGCUGGGGCUGUGGUACUGGUUCUGCCCGCGGGCCGUGGAGAGGAGGGUCUCGCCGUCCCUCAGCCACAUCCUCUUCAUCUUCGGCCUCCUCAACGCCUGCCUAGACCCCAUCACCUACGGGCUCUUCACCAUCCCCUGGCGGAGGGGCGCGGGCUGCGGCUGCCCCUGGGGGCCGGGCCCCGCGCCGGAGCCGCCCUCCCCGGCCACGGGCUCCUCGCGCUGCUCGGCCUCCUCCCUGCGGGCCAAGCGGAGGCCCGAGGCGCCGGGGCCGCCGGCCGGGGCCAGCGCCUGCGAGAGCAGCUCCCUGUGAGGCCGCUGCCGGGGAGCCCUUGGGGCCCCGCUCCCCGCCGAGCUGCCGUGUGCCGGGGCCGGGGCCGGGGCUGCCGCCGGGAGUGGCGGGCAGGACGGUGCAGGACCGGCCCGGGGAGGACGGGGUCGUUGCAGCUCUGCUCCCGCACCCCAA